AUGUCUAAUACAAAUACUUUUUCAUCAAGCGUACAAACAUAUAAUCCAUCAGAAAUACCAUCAAACUGGCUUGAUUGCCCAAGAAAAUCAAAUAUUAUUGCUGGAAAAUUUAUUGCGUUUAAAACACCAUUAGAUGAUCAAUAUAAAACUCAAAUUUCUAUUGCAAAACGAUGGACAUGUAAUAUUUUAAUUAAACAUGUUAAAGAUGAACAAAAAAACCUUGGUCUUGUUAUUGAUUUAACAAAUACAAACCGAUAUUAUAGAAGUGAUAUUGAAUUUAUUCAGAAAAAUAUACGCUAUGCAAAAAUUCCAUGUCAAGGUAUCAAUGAUGCUAUCGAUCUGUUUGCUAAAGCUCGAUCGCCAGGAAUUUAUAAACAAGAUUAUUUAGAUAAACUUAUUGAAAAAUUUCCGAUGAAGAAUUUUAUAUCAAUUCUUGCACCAUUACGGCCUACAUGGUGUUUAGAAAAUAAAAUUGUUACAUUAAAUGAAAAUAAACGUAAAUACAAUGAAAUAGAUGAUCAAAAACCUCAUAAAGAAUUUCGACAAGAAAAUUCUAAUCAUGUAUUUGCUGUUGAUCUUAUUAAUGUUAAACCUGUUUGUUCUCAAUCUAUUGUUGAUAAUAUUCGGUUAAAGUGCCAACAAAUGUGUGCAUGGGAUCGAAAAAGUUUUCCAGGUUCACAACCUAUAUCAAUGGAUUAUACAAACUAUCAAACUAUAUUUUUAUCUCCUUAUAUGGUUAGCUGGAAGGCAGAUGGCACCAGAUAUAUGAUGUUAAUUGAAAGUGAAAAUAAUAUUUAUAUGUUAGAUCGUAAUAACGAUGUAUUUCAAAUUAAUUGUCUACAAUUUCCAAAAGAUUCAAAUUGUACAAGACAUUUAAUAAAUACAUUGGUUGAUGGUGAAUUUGUUAUUGAUAAUGAUAAUGGAAUUAAACGAUAUCGAUAUUUAGUUUAUGAUAUUGUAGUAUAUGACAAUGAAAAUGUUAGUCAACGAUCAUUUAAAGAACGUCUUGAUAUUAUACGUCAUUCUAUUGUCAAUGUCAGAAAUGAAGCUAUAGUAAAAGGUUUUAUUCAAAAAAAUUUAGAACCAUUUUCAAUAAGAAAUAAAGAAUUUUGGGAAUUAUCAACAGUAUCUAAAUUACUCAGUCCAGCAUUUCAAUCACAAAUUACUCAUGGAUGUGAUGGACUUGUAUUUCAAUCUGUACAAAAUCCUUAUCAAUCUGGACGAUCUACACAUGUAUUAAAAUGGAAAAAAGAUAAUACAAUUGAUUUUCGAUUGAGAAUUCAUAGAGGAAGACGAUCUCAAGAAAAAAGUGCUCUUCUAUUUGUAAAUGGCAAGUCAAAGCCAUACGCAUUCAUGCGUUAUUCACCAGAAUUAGAUCAAUAUGAUAAUCAAAUUAUUGAAUGUUCAUAUCAUAAUGGUGAAUGGUAUUUUUAUCGACAUCGUGCCGAUAAAUCAUAUCCUACUGCACUAGCAACAGCCGAUGGUGUAACUACAGCUAUAAACCGCCCAAUAACUGAAGCUAUACUUUGUUCAUUUAUAGAAGAAAAUAUAGCUUUUGUUAAUUAUUAA